AGAUCUGACUCUCAAAUUCAUUGCAAAGAUUGUCUGAAACAAACUUAUUCAUACAUUUCUCUUAUAUAUAAAUGUUUUAAUAACUAUUUCAAACAAUAAGUGAAUUUAAGUCAAACUAUUUGAAUGGAUUCCAAAUUUUUAGUUCAAUUUUUUUAUUAACAAUUAAGUGAUUGAAUUCAAACAAAGUAAAUGAUGAAACAAUUACAGAGACUAACUCUGAUGUUUGUAUCAUAUAAGACAUCCAUCUGUUUAUUAUUAGUGACGAUAUUAGCAUUUAUACAACAAUUUAGCGAAAGUGAUGCCGAAGUGAUCACGAGUUCGCCGUACAGUCGUUACGGCGCUUCCUAUCAGACCACCAGUUGUAGUCGUGAGCCGACAAAUGUGGCCACAACUCAGACUAAAGGAAAUAAUGGUUUUAAGAUUAAAUUGAGUGGUAAUCCUGAAAAAUAUGUACCAGGUGAAAUGUAUACAGUUGUUCUUCAAGGAGACCAACGGAUAUCCAAAUCGACGACAAGUGUUCACAAGUUUAUUGAGUUUCUGUUAGUCGUCGAACCUCUUCAGGAGACCCGACAGGAGAUGACCUCUGCGGCCACCGGACCACCCAUUUUGCCAGAUGUCGGACAGUUCCAGUUAUAUAGCGAUUCUUUGGUCAAAUUAUCAGAUGAUUGUCCAAAUGCAGUGACUCACACAUCAUCGGUGUCUAAGAUGGAGAUCAGUGUGAUGUGGCAUGCACCUGCACCUGGAUCCGGGUGUGUUGUCUUCAAAGCAACAGUAGUUGAGAGGAAAGAUAUGUGGUAUAUGGAUGACAGUGGACUCACUAAAGUUAUUUGUGAAGAAGAAAGUGAGAGUAAUGACGAACAGCCGGAUAUAAUAGAGGAGUGUUGUGCCUGUGAUGAAGCCAAAUAUGAAGUGACAUUUGAGGGUUUGUGGUCUAAAUACACGCACCCGAAGGACUUUCCGGCCAACUUCUGGUUGACUCACUUUUCCGAUAUUAUCGGUGCGAGUCAUUCGGCCGAUUUCCGAAUGUGGGAAUAUGGAGGCUAUGCUUCCGAAGGGGUCAGACAAGUGGCUGAACUCGGAGUUACAAAGAAACUGGAGUCUGAAUUGAAAGCGGAAUCUAAUAAAAUCAGAACUAUAAUCAAAGCUCGGGGUUUAUGGCACCCAAACUUAAACGGCAAAACAUUUGCAGUAUUUCGUGUGGACUCUAAACACCAUUUGAUGUCAUUGUUAUCAAUGUUAGGGCCGAGUCCUGACUGGAUAGUAGGUGUGAGUGCACUGGAAUUAUGUCUGAAGAACUGUUCGUGGGUUACCGAGAAAGUCAUGAAUCUCUAUCUAUGGGAUGCCGGCACUGACUCUGGUAUUACUUAUUUAGCACCCAAUCAUCCAACGGUACCACAGGAAAGAAUCAGACGGAUAACAUCAACGAAUCCCAAUAACCCUGAGUCACCAUUUUAUGAUCAUACCGGUGCUAAAAUGAAACCAAUAGCUAAACUAACUGUUUCCAGACAAAGAAUUUACGAGAAAGCUUGUGGUGACGAUAAUAACAAUAAUAAAUUGUCGCCAAUUUGUGUUGGCUAUGAUUGCGAGGACAAGGAUGAGGACGAUUCCAGACGAACACCAUCUACAGGCGACUGUCAGGUAACAGAGUGGACAGAAUUUACGCCGUGUAGUGCAACGUGCGGUCACGGCAUACGAAUGAGAACCCGUAACUAUAAACACGAACAGUUGGCCCGACAGAUGAGUUGUUUGACAAAACUGGUGGAAAAGGAAAGUUGUGAAGUCAAGUGUGUCAAUGAUGUCAGUUGUGACACAACCUCAUGGACUGAAUGGGGAGAAUGUAGUGCUGUUUGUGGAAAGGGGUUCCGUACCAGAAGUCGAAAGUUUAUGAAUCGUAUGGCACGUAAACUGUGCAAUCAGGUAGAGUUGGAUGAGAAGGAUGUCUGUAUGGGAUCACAAAUACAAUGUCAAGAGCCGGAAGAGAUCGAUCCAAAGUGCAGUGUCACUCAAUGGUCAGAGUGGACACCCUGUACGGUAACGUGCGGUAAGGGAGUCAAAAUCAGGACAAGACUUUAUAUGAGUCCUCGACAAUCUUCAAACAUGUGUAACAUUGAACUGAUCCAAAAGGCUCCCUGUGUUGCGGAUAAGAUUGAUUGUAAAGUCGACUUAAGUGAAGCUAAAGAGACAUGUAUGCAAAACAAAGAGGUGGGUCCCUGUAGGGGCUAUUUUCCACGAUAUUAUUACGAUGUGAGUAAAGGCAUGUGCUAUCAGUUCAUAUACGGUGGCUGUCGGGGCAACAAAAACAACUUUGAAAGAUAUGCCGAUUGUAAGCGUAUGUGUGAAGACAUGCUUAAGAACUUCGUUCAGGCAUCUCUACCCCCGUCAACCAUUGCUUAUGCAAAUGCUAUGAAAGACGCGACCGUUCAUCUCGAGAAAGGCCUCGUAUGCGCCCCAAUCGGUGCCUUGACUUCAUUAACCUCUGGUAGCGUCAAUACUGGUCAAUCAUUAUCACCAAUAAAUGACCAGGGACCUAUUAUUGAUUGUGUCUUGACGCCGUGGUCUGAGUGGACAUCGUGUUCGCGGACGUGUGGAAGUGCUCGUAAAGAGAGGCGUCGAGAGAUCAAAUUGAAUGCACAAAACGGUGGCAAACCGUGUCCUAAACGAUUGGUUCAGCGAAGGAAAUGUAAAGAAAAUCCUGAAUGUGACAACACACCUGUCGAUUGUAUUAUGGGUUCGUGGGGUGAGUGGUCUACCUGUUCAAAGACAUGUGAUGGACAGGGCUUCAGGUUUCGUCAGAGAAGUAUUUUGAUGAACGCCACUAAUGGAGGCAUCUCUUGUGGGCCUCAAUUUGAUCGACAGAUUUGUUCAAACUAUAAACCCUGUUAUUAACUGUUUUAACAUUUAGAGACCCAUUAAUUGUAUUCAAUGUCUUAUUAUAAGUCUUCCUUAUAAUUAAUGUCGUAAAACAUGAUAUCUCAUCAACAAAAUCACGCCUUAAAUUGACAAAAGUAAUCAUUGGUAUCAUUGAUCCGUCCGAUUGGAUGCAAUGGAUUGAGUGUUGUUAUGGUCAACACCAAUGUCUUUUAAGAAAACAUUUUUUGACUUAAUCCAUGGCAUCCAAUUGGAAAUUCUUCUAAUAUAUAUCUAAAAUAUUUAUAAUCUUCAAU